UUGCGAAGCAUUUAGUGCGAAUCAGAAUUCGAAAGCGGGUAUUUUAUUUACAACAGCAGAGACUUUGCAGAAAAAUGUUGAGGACACUUUUACUCGUGGCAUUCUCCACGCUUUUGAUAGCACAGUUCGGUUUGUGCCUACCAAAACCAACCUCCUCGGAAGCAGCGGAGAACAAUAACGUUGCGCAGAGCGCCCAAACGACAACACCGUUGCCGGAAGAAAGCAAUUUGCCUAAUGCUCGGCAGAGACUCGAACUACUUGCGUACAAAACAUUGUUGAUUUUUUUAAAUUCUGAGCUGCAAAAAAGCAACCAAUUAGUCAAAGACGUGUUGGCAGAUCCCUCUAUGAAUAAUAUCGACAACGAUGCUAUGGAACACGAAAAAAGUGUACUUCGGAAAUAUGUGAGUGAAUCAGAAGAAUCGUUAGUUGCUACUUUACCUUCCAACAAAAACGAUCACGAAAAUCGCUUGGUGUUUGCAUUUGAGAAAACUGUUGUGCUUGGCAGUCUGCACCACUUUGUGCAACGACUUUCUUCAGAUACAGAGGAACUAACACCAGAACAACAGAUUACUUGGGAUGCUUUGAAGGAGCAUGGAUUUCUUGAGUACCGUACGGAGUUAGAUAAGCUUAAACAAGAAUUUAUGUGUAAUUGGGCUGAUGAGUUUGCUAAUUUUAUGAAGACACUUUCCGCAGCCGAAAAAGAGAGGGCGAAAGAUAUGGUGGAGGCAUGGAACGGGUACACGAAAAACGAGUUUGGAUUGAGCAAGGAUCAAUUGGGACAACAUUUGUUCACACUACUACUCAACUUUGAUUCUGAUACUGUUCACGAAAUGGCACAAAAGGGAAAUAAAUAAAUAUCUUAAAUAAAAUUUUACUUAAGACAAUCUCUGUUUAUAAAGAUAUAAGUAGAGAUAAAAUAAAUCGGUUAUUUGUUAAAUUGAGGUUGAAAUUGGCUUUGCCUAACUAAUCGGCUCGCCGCCACUCCCUGCUCGCUUAACAACUUUUUUUCUUUGGAAAAUCAAUAAAAAAUUAUGCGAACAGAAGCGAUCUUAAGCCAGUCUGCUUUUAGCUGAUUAGUUCUUAAUCAAAUUGCUUAGACCAGUGCCUGCAAAUGUAAUAUUAUUGUUAUUAUUUAUUAAGGGCUUACGACUUUAGAGCUUACAACUCCAUCCUAUCAAAAUAAUCCCAGUAUUUUUCCUUUUGUGAAUAGUUGAAAAUAAAGUAUAACAUUGUUUUGUUGUU